AAAAAGAAAAAAGAGCAGCUCUCUCUCCUCUCCUCUCUUCUCCGCUUUCUUCACUCUGCUGUUUUGUUUUCUCUGCCUGCCAGUGAUCUUUCUUCCCUUCUGUGAAUUUCAUCCUUUUUCCUUUAUUCAACUUCCAGUUCCCGUAUUUAUAUUUUUCCCCCAUUCAUUUCUGAGAUUCCGAUCCGCCAUUGCCGGAAACUAUGACUUCUCCGACGAGUGCCGGAUGAUUCUGUCGCUGCAUGUCCGGACCCUCUACAACCUUCCUGCUGCUUCAACAUGGCUAUCUCCCAAGGUUUAGGCAUCACGCGGUUCGUUUUGGUGUUGUUUGGAAAAGAGGCGGAUCUCUAUAGAAAUUUUGUUGUUACCAAUUCCUCUCUUUUGCAGUAGUAUUACCUUGUCAGGUACUUGAGCACACCACCACGGCUAAGCUAUUUCUUCUUGUGUUUGAUGAUGAUGUUGAUAUUGUCGCGAGAGUUGAAAGAUGGCUUGUUGUAUAUCCUCUGCUUGUACGUGAGGAUUUGAAGCAGCGCAAACAACCCCUAACUGGUCCUCUAUUUUGAUGGACACUUACUCCUCUGGAGAGGAACUUGUCAUUAAGACUAGGAAGCCUUAUACUAUCACUAAGCAGCGUGAGCGAUGGACAGAAGAGGAGCAUAACAGGUUUCUUGAAGCUUUGAAACUCUAUGGGCGGGCUUGGCAACGUAUUGAAGAACAUAUUGGCACCAAGACUGCUGUGCAGAUCCGAAGUCAUGCACAAAAGUUUUUUACAAAGUUGGAAAAGGAGGCUCUUAUUAAGGGAGUUCCAAUAGGUCAAGCUCUUGACAUUGAAAUUCCUCCUCCACGACCAAAGAGGAAACCAGUUAAUCCAUAUCCUCGAAAGACAGUGGCAGGCACUCCUACCCCUGUUGUAGGGGGAAAGGAUGGAAAGUUAUAUGCACCAGAUUCUUCUCUGUGCGAGAGUAAACAAACACUGGGCCAGGAGAAAGAACCGCUUCUGGAGAAACCUGGUGGUGACAAAAAGCUGGAUAUUGCAAAAGAGAACAGGGAGGAGGUUAUCUCUGAUGUGCUUACACUUUUUCAUGAAGGUCCUACCUCCCCUUCAGUCAGAAACAGAGAUUCUUUGCCAACACAAGUGGCACCUCAAAACUCCUGCACUUUUAGGGAGUUUGUGCCUAUUGUGAAAGGAGCUAACAGGGAUGAUGCAAAUAAAUCUUAUGUCACUGUUGAAUCCAAAGGCAAUCAAGAGCCAGAUAAACUGGAUACUAAGCAGUCAUUUCAGGAUGCUAGUUCAUGUAAUAGCCUGGAUAUGGAAAACUCUUUCCCAUCAAAAGAAAAAUUGACACAUGGAGAAAAACUUGAUGAGCCAAAUCAGCCAGAUGAAGUGUUCACAGAAAAUGAUAUGCAAGGUGUACAGAGUUGUCCAAGGCAUGUGCCCGUGCAUAUACUUGAUGGGAGCUUAGGGAUGAAUACUAAUAAUACCCAAGAUAUGACGUAUCACGAGUCUAUUGUUCACCAAAUUGGCGGAGUCCAAGGGCAUUUGAAUCAGUUCACACAUCAUGCCUCAUCUAACACAUCUGAGCAUCAAAGUAAUCCUUCCAGGUCUUCCAUUCACCAUAUGUUUCCUAGUUUCCACCCAAUGAUGAACUCAAAUUGCGACUCCAAUGAUUACAGAUCAUGCCUGCAUAUCUCUUCUACAUUUUCAAGUCUAAUUGUUUCUGCUUUGUUGCAAAAUCCAGCAGCUCAUGCUGCUGCAAGCUUUGCAGCUAGCUUUUGGCCCUAUGCGGCAAACUUUGAAGCUCCAACAGACUCUUGCACGGGCACCCCUGGUGGAGUUCCAUCAAGGCAGAUGAAUUCAGUGCCUAGUAUGGCUGCAAUUGCCGCUGCUACUGUAGCUGCAGCAACUGCAUGGUGGGCUGCACAUGGUCUUCUUCCACUAUGUUCUCCACUUCACACAUGCUUUACCUGCCCUACAUCGUCAGGAACUGCAGUCCCAAUGGAUGCCUGUCAAACUAAGGUAGCAAAUAAUGAGAGAAAGGAUGGGACUCCUGAUCCGUCUUUGCAUGUUCAACAACUGGACCCAGGAUGCACUGAAACGUUGCGAGAACAACUUUCAGCUUCUAAGCCACCAGUUUUGUGUUCAUCAGACUCUGAGGAAAGUGAUGGCAUGAAAGUUAAUACGACAGUUACUGUUACUGACACUGAACAGGCAGCAAUAGUCACUGAGCUUAAUGAUUCCAAUACAACUAAGAAUAGAAAACAGGUUGACCGGUCUUCAUGUGGAUCUAACACACCCUCGAGCAGUGAAGUUGAGACAGAUGCUUUGGAAAAGAUUGAAAAAGAUAAAGAAGAUCCAAAAGAAUCUCCUCAUGUCAACCAUACACCCACACCCACAGAGUCUGGUAACAGACGAGGAAAGAACUCCAGCAAUCCAAAUGACCCUUGGAAGGAAGUCUCUGAGGAGGGACGAAUCGCUUUUCGGGCUCUUUUCUCGAGAGAAGUAUUACCCCAAAGCUUUUCUCCCCCCCAUGAUCUUAAUAGCAAGGUAAAGAAAAACAGCGAGAAAGGCAAGCUAAAAGGUGAACAAAAUGAGGAGGAUCAAAAGGGAUUACAGUUAGAGGUGAAUGAUAAGUCAUCAAUUACAUGUUCCAUUCAUUAUGGUAAUAAAGACAGAGAACCAUCAUCAUGUUUUGGGGGUGGAAACAACACACUGACGAUGAAACUUGGAGAGGGGAAGCUGAAAGCAUGCCGAACAGGAUUCAAACCUUACAAGCGAUGCUCAGUGGAAGCUAAAGAGAGCAGGAUAGGAGGAAGUAGUACGAGCUGUCAAGAUGAAGAGAAAGGUCCCAAGAGGCUUCGCUUGGGAGGAGGGGAGACUUCAACUUAAUGCAAUUUUAUAAGGGAAUGAAGCCUUGGCUUGCUUGGUAUUCAGUAAUUUAUUCUAUUCUCAAACAAACAUGUAUGUCAUCUGUCCUAUUAUCUAGUCCUAAAGCUCACGAAACUGGUCGUGUAGGUGUGUGUACCAUAUACAUAUAUAUGUUGUUUUAAUUGGAGCUAUGAAAUGCAACUCAAAUAACUUGCAACAAUUA